AUGCCGUCCGCUGCCCAAAUCGUCGAGCUGUUUGACCCCGUCGCCGUCAUUCUCCUGCUCACAACCGUGGUCGUCUUCGCGAUCCCCGUGUUCAUCCUCUUCCCGCCGAUUCCAGUAGAGCGCAGUGAUGCGCUGCAGCAGACGCACACCAAGGUCGGCAUCGCGCCAUCCCACAGCAACCUCCGGGCUCAGACAUCGCCGGAUCAUAACCACCAGCCGGGGAAGGCUGCCAGGAUACAAAGCUUGUUCAUCUAUCCGGUCAAGUCGUGCCGGGGCAUCGAGGUUGACCGCAGCAGAGUGUUGCCCAAGGGGCUCGAGUUUGACCGGUUGUUUGCGUUCGCACGGCAGAAGCCCGAGGCAGGAAGAGAUGCUGCCGUGCUGUCUGGAGAAGAGGGAGAAGAGGGAGCACGGCGGGCGGCGCAAUGGGAGGUUCUCACCCUGAGGCAAGUGCCGCUGCUCGCCAAUGUCCAGGUUGACUUAUGGCUGCCGGAUGCGGGCAAGACGAGUCGCCAGUUGGGCAGAGUUGGCGGCCGUUUCGUCGUCAUCAGGUUCCCCUGGAGGGACUCUGGUCUGCGAGGAGUGGCCCAAUGGAUCUCUGCCAAGCUCAGCCGUGGCCUCGGCGGUAUCCCAGAGAGGGAGUUUAUGCUAUCCAUCGAUUUCCCUUCCCCAGAGGAGAUCAAAGCGGCGGGCUACUGCUACGGUGAUGCACGGCUGUUCAACAAGACCAUCCACGCACUCAACUUGAGGAACGAGGUGCCGCCGGAGCUGGCUCUGUACCUGGGAGUUGCUGCGCCUGUGACCAUCUUCAUGAUAGACCCGGCCCGACGGAGGGAAGUAAUGAGAAACGCGCCGCGCAAAGAAGAUGCUGGCUACCAGCCUGUCAUUGACUUUCAAGACGCAUAUCCACUGCAUCUUCUCAACCUGACAAGUGUCCGCGCCCUGGAGUCAAAAGUGCAAAAGGACCAAGAUCUGGAGUUCCUGGACGCGCGCCGCUUUCGCCCGAAUAUCAUCGUAUCUGGCCUCAAGGCGUACGACGAGGACGACUGGCGAAGCAUCGAGUUCUCCCGGCCUUUCCAGGGCGAUGCCGCCAAGGGCUCGGAGUCACCGUCGCGGUUCGACGUCUCUUGUCGCACAGUUCGGUGCAAGUUGCCCAACGUCGACCCAGCCACGGGAAUCAAACACAAGGCGGAGCCCGACCGUUCGCUGAGGAAGUUUCGAAACAUUGACGAGGGCGCUCCCAAGAGCGGCUGCUUUGGCAUGCAGCUCUGUCCCAUCUUCCCCGAGACGAGCGGUCCGGACGAGGGGGACUUGGCUUUGUCGCUCGAGGUGGGUAUGGAUCUUAAGGUUCUCCAACGGGGGCCACAUCUGGCUCUGUAA